AUGGUCAGCACGCGCCGCCGCUCCACCUCAACUAACCACGCUAAGCUACUCGACGUCCUUCCAUCUGACCUGCUCGGCCUCAUCCUGAGCUUUCUCCGCGCCGACGAGAUGGCUGUGGCGGCAGCUGCCUGCAGUUCGCUCUCGGCGCAGCUCACGGCGGCAGUGCGGGCACGUGUGAUUCGUCUCGGACACACACUCCCACCGCUACUGCCGGGCGAGGUUGUGACCGCUGCCCUCAGCUACACCGAGUUCUGCGCCUCGAGCCAGCCCGGCGUCACUGUGCCGCUGCGCUGCUGGCCGCGCCCACUCGUGCUGCGGAUGAGAGGGUGCGACCUCCCCUACGACGACUGCAACGGCGACUUCGUCGAGACUGGCCGACGCCACCACCGGAGCUUCUUCACCCGCACCACCGGGGCGGGCAUCCUCUACCACACCGCUGGCCGCCCGUGGAGCAGGCCGGCCACAGCCGGUUUUUGGAAGGUGUGCCGCGACGGCGGGUGGGCGACCUGGCGGGGGAGCGGGUACAAUGGUUGGAACUUCUCGCAGGAGGGCGGCUCCGUCCUGCCUCCGCUGGGCAAGUGGAGCACUGACAGAGCCGACGCGGAGACACCCGUCAGCUACGCGGCCUCCUUUCUCGAGCUCGUCCCGUACGACGAUGCGAUCCACCGCAGGCAAAAGCUGUCGCGCUCACCAGUGGGCGAGGAGGAGGCGCUGCUCGAGCGAGCCCAGCCGUGCCAGGGGAUCCAGCUGCGCUCCCGGCUUGUGACCACCUUGCCAGUGGUGUUUUGAGAGUGAGACACGUCGUCUCAGCCCUCGUGUGGUUUGGGGAGUGAGAUACGUGUAUGUGAUGAUAACACUAGGACGACAUGUGAUGUCGUCGUAGAGAAACAAAAA